UCUUCUGCACCUCCAAGCACUCAAUUUAAAGGAUUUAUUCCUGUCUCUCUCUAAAACUCACACACACACACUCUCUCUCUGUAAAACUCGCACUUCUGCUCGCUAAUGGCUGACAGCACUGAGUUCGAUUCCCGCCCUAACCAGAUCUCCAAAGAUAUGCAUGGAUCCAACAAUACCAUUCCACUUUCGCCACAGUGGCGCCUGCCAAAGCUCGGGGAGAAUAAGGCUGGAAUAGUUACUGGGGAAAGCCAAUUCACAUCACUUCCAAGUAAUGCCAAUUCUGUGGAUAUCGCGAACUUACCUGGAUCAGGUGAGAUUUUGCGGGAUAACCAUAAGAAGAAAGAUGUUUUCCGACCAUCUGUCCUGGAUAUGGAAUCUGGACGUCGUGACCGCUGGCGUGAUGAAGAAAGGGACACCAACUCCUCUAUCCGCAAAGAUCGAUGGAAGGAAGGGGAUAGAGAGCUCUAUGACAACCGCAAGGUGGAUCGCUGGACUGACUCAUCUGGACGACACUAUGGAGAGGCCCGUCGUGCUCCUGGGGAGCGAUGGACUGAUUCUGGAAAUAGGGAAAGCAAUCAGGAUCAACAUAGCAAAUGGAGCACUCACUGGGGGCCUGAUGGAAAAGAGACAGGCACUAUGCUUGAGAAGUGGGGGGACUCUAACAAGGAAUCUGACAUGCUACUUGAUAAAGGGCCAGCCCAUCCUUCAUACCAUGGGAAGGACGAGAAGGAUGUGGACCACUAUCGACCAUGGAGACCUAACACUUCAUACAGCAGAGGCGGAGUGGAGCCUCUGCACAAGGCUUUGACCCCAAACAAACAGGUUUCUACAUUGGCGCAUGGUCGCGGACGUGGAGAAAAUCCUGCUCCUACACUUUCUCUUGGUAGGGGAAGGAUUAGCUCUUGGGGGAACUCUGUCACCAGUAUUGAUAUUCCCCCCCGUCCAGUUGGAUCUUUUUCAGAAAAGGUUGAAAGUGACCUUGAAGAGCAUACUCUGUUAAGAUAUAGUCGGACAAAAUUGCUUAAUGUGUACGGGAUAACUGAUAUGAGAAACUUUGCAAAGCAUUUAGAGGAGGUUGAUAAAGUACCUUCCCUCUGUCUGGAAGAACCUUUAGAGCCUCUAGCUUUCUGCACCCCUACUCCUGAAGAAUUGGUUAUCUUGAAGGGAAUUGAUAAAGGAGAAAUCAUGAGUAGUGGCACACCGCAGAUCACUAAAGAAGGAUCUGUUGGUCGAACCCCAACUGAUUCUUUGCAGUCAAAAGGAAGCAGGCUUGGCAGUAGAAAUGAUUUGCCCCUUGCUCUUGAUAAUCCUAAAAGCAAAACUGUGGACAAUGUUGAAGGUGGUUAUUCAAAUUAUUCAGAAAGCUUGUCACACGAGAAACAUAUGUAUGCUUGGCCAAAUGCUAAAGUGGAGACAAAGCAGGAUUAUCAGGCAUUUGCUGAUCACAAGUUGAAUCCUGAAGCUUUAAAAGAAGACAACGCUUCAUAUGGGAAGAACAAGGACUUGACCUCAAGUAGAGAAUCUAGCAUGCCAGGAAAUUCUUCAAUGCUUCACGUGGGUGCUUGGAGAUCUUCAUCUUUCCCAGAGCAUUCCAAGUCAACUACUCAUGAUUGGAGAGGGACAUCUAUAGAUGUGCAGAAGGAUUUGACCAGUGCUUGGGAGAACAAUUUUGCAGAUUCAACAAAUGCCAAAAGAGAAGGAUCCAAAUGGCAGAUAGGUGAUGACUCGAUCAUGAGAAGUCAAACAUCUGCAGUGUUUGACAGGGAACUUGAAUCAUUCAAGAAUUUUCAGCCAUCUCCAGAGGACCUAGUUCUUUACUAUAAGGACCCACAAGGUGAAAUUCAAGGUCCUUUUGCUGGGAGCGAUAUAAUUGGGUGGUUUGAGGCUGGUUAUUUUGGCAUAGAGUUGCAAGUUCGCCUGGACAGUGCACCGGCCGACUCUCCAUUCUAUCUGCUGGGUGAUGUGAUGCCCCACUUGCGCGCCAAAGCUCGACCACCUCCUGGAUUUAGUACGCCUAAGCCUAAUGAAAUUCAAGAUGCAUCUGGUAGGUCGAACUACAACAGCCUUGGAAAGCUUCACUCAACUUCAAGCGAGACCGAUACGACAACAGCUGUCAUGGAUACUUUUCCUCAGUCAGAAAUGGCAAAUAGAUAUACAUCCGAACAGAAAUCACAUAAUGAUGAACUCAUUGAAGUUUCAUCAUCUGCUGAUUCUCCAAGUUUUCCACCUGGGGAAGAUUUGGGAAAAUCAGCUGCACUGCAAUUGGUAGGAGGUUGUGAAAAUGAGUUGGUGGUUCCUGAAAGGGCAAAUGCAGUUGUGGCACCUCCAAGCACAGUAUCAGAACCUCAAGAUGUAGGAGAGAAUCACAUUGAUGAUUUCCUUGGGGUGAAGGAAGUGAGAAAUGUGGAAACACAGGAGGUGAAAAAAUCAUCUGCCAAGAAGUCAAAGAAGCAGAAGGCUUCAAAGGCACAAUCCUCUGACUCAGCAAAGGGAGUCUUUAAUACUCAAAAUGCAGAAUCACCAGAAUUUGAAGGGAUAAAUAUUUAUGAUGAGACAUCUGAGAUGCAAACUGUUCAAGGAAAGAGGAAAACUGAUAAAGUUGCUUCUGAUGGUAUUGAUUCUUCGUUGGGCCAAAACUCAUUGCCUGCACAUGGGUUCACAGAUGAUGGUGAGGCUACCAUGAAUAGGGGUCCACCAGGACAAGUUGUAUCGCAGUUCAAUACACAAGCAAAUUCUGGACAAAGUGCCUGGAAGCAUACUCCUAGUUUCAAGCCUAAAUCAUUAUCAGAAAUUCAACAGGAAGAGCAGAGGAGAGCACAAGAAGAAUUGGCAGUUUCUGAGAUCUCAACAUCUCUGAGCUCCAUGAGUGUCUCUACUCCUUGGGCUGGGAUUGUUGCAAAUUCAGAUCACGAGGCACUUGUUGAAACACUACAAGAUUCUGCCACCACUGAGUUAAUUUUGGGAAAAUCUGAGAGUUUCUCCAACCAGAAGAGCCAAUUACACGAUCUAUUUUGGGAAACUAAUGUGACCAAGUCAAGUGAAAAUGAGAUGCAGAUUUCUGAUGCAGCAUCUAGUCUACCUCCUGCAUCUGUUAUGCAUUCUCAAAUUGAUUCAGUGGAUGAUGAUAACUUUAUUGAGGCUAAAGAUACUAAAAAGAGUCGUAAAAAAUCUGCUAAAGCUAAGGGUGCGGCAGCUAAAAUCUUAGUGCCUGUUGCUUCACCUGAUUUGUCUGUUGGAUCAAAUUUCAUUGAAAAAGGCGAUCGUUCUCAUCAGUUACAGCAGAAGGAAAUAUUACCUGCAGUUCCCUCAGGCCCUUCCUUGGGGGAUUUUGUUAUCUGGAAGGGGGAGUCAACAAAUCCUUCCCCUGCUCCUGCCUGGUCCACUGACUCUGUGAAGAUCCAGAAGCCAACAUCAUUGAGGGACAUCCUCAAGGAACAGCAGAGAAAAGUUUCUUCUGCAUCUCAGGGAACUCCAAUGCCAACACCUCUGAAACCUGCUAUCAAUCAACCUCCCCGUGGAGUUGGUCAUACUUCGUCAUCUUCUGCCAAAGCUGCAUCCUCUAUCCAAAUCAACUCGCCAGCUUCUUCUCGCCCAAAACAUGAAGUCGAUAAUGAUCUGUUCUGGGGCCCAUUAGAGCAUCAGCAACCUAACCAUGAGGCAAAGCAGUCAGAUUUUCCUCAACUUGGAAGCCAAGGCAGUUGGGGAAGCAAAAGUACCCCAAUCAAAGGAACUCCUGGAAGGUCAUUGAAUCGACAGAAGUCCAAUGGUGGUAGGCCUGGAGAGUAUUCACUUUCUUCAUCACCUGCCUCUGCUCAGCCAUCCUUGAGAGGGAAAACGGACGCCUCGACUAAGCAUUCAGAGGCAAUGGACUUUAAGGAAUGGUGUGAGAGCGAGUGCUUCAGACUUGUUGGAUCAAAAGAUACAAGUUUCUUGGAAUUUUGUAUAAAGCAAUCAAGGGCGGAAGCUGAAAUUCUUCUAACGGAGAACCUCGGCACUUUUGAUCCCAACCGUGAGUUCAUUGACAAGUUUCUAAAUUACAAAGAUUUUCUUCCUAUGGAUGUUAUUGAUAUCGCCUUCAAAACACGGAAUGAUCGAAAGGCCACUGCCUCCAGCGUGGGAGAUAUGGCUUCCGACUUUGUUGGCGUUGGGGGCUCCAACCAAGGUGGUGUGGAUGCUACUGAUGGUGCCCCAACAGGAGGCAAAAAGAAGGGGAAAAAAGGGAAGAAGGUAAGCCCAUCAGUGCUUGGAUUCAAUGUUGUUAGCAAUCGAAUAAUGAUGGGGGAAAUUCAGACAAUUGAUGAUUAGAUAGAUAGUGUGAAAUUGUAAAUACUUUUUGUUGAGACUAUUUAACCAAAGCUUUUCGGUUCCUCCAUGGAGCGAACUGUCAGCAGUCAAUUUGUUCUGCUCGAGCAAUUUUAUGAAGUUGCCUAACUCUAGGUUUUGUUAUACUGAUUGAAGAAUUAUAGGUAGCUGUAUUGAAGGUUGGAAUCCAAUUAUUUAUAUAAUUUGAGUUUGAAUAGACUGAACUUCAUGCUGUA